AUGAAAAAGCUGGAGAGGUGGGGAAGCAGGCAAGUUCAUCCUGCUGGCUCUGACUUCUCAGUAUUGUCUCCCGUGUCUUUUCUGCUGAUUAAAAAGGUCUUCAAUAACCUUCUGUGCUCAAAGCAGAUGCUCUACCAUUGAGCUGGAGUCCUUCCGCAAAGGAAAACUGUCCAAACUGUUGCAAUCUCAUAAAGGUCAGAGAGAUGGGGAAACUGAGUUAGGCAAGUGGGCUAGACCAGCUCUAACUUCUGAUAGGCAUCUCUCAUGUCCUUCCUUUGUUUAAGAAACUAUUCGGAGAAUGUAUGGCAAUGCUGCUGAUGCUGUAGCAUGAUGCUGCAGAAUAUGAUUGGUUAUUUGGGACACUUAAUUGAGGGAGUGGCUUGUUGACCACUGAGGUUGCAUUGGACUUCAUUGAGGAUUUUUCCAUAUAAGUAUCAAGUAGUCAAGAUUCAGAGCACAUAGAAGCAGGACGUCUGAGUGAGAAAGACCACCUUGCACUCUCAAUCACUGUCAAACUUCAGGUACAACACUGGGUACUUUGCUGGAACUCUCACAGUGGGAAACAGAUCAUCAUAUGAUCUAUAAAGGUAACAUACAAUACUAUGUUUUAAAAUGGUUUUUUAAAAAUCUGUGAGUUGCUUGUUGCCAGAAUGUUUUCCUGCUGUCCUGGCAAACACCUAUUGAAUUUCUUAAAUCUUAACUUGGUAUGUGUGCUUCUGGGCCAGGGGGAUGCAAAAGCAAUACUUUCAUUAGCCCAGCGCUACAAGGAUGAAUGUUAAGGAGUGUACUUGUGGGGUGUGAGCAAACGUUUGAGGUGAUCCUAUGCAAAGGACGAGGUAAAAAAGGUAAAAAAGGUAAAGGACCCCUGGAUGGAUAAGUCCAGUCAAAGGUGACUAUGGGGUUGUGGUGCUCAUCUCGCUUUCAGGCCAAGUGAGCAGGUGUUUGUGCACAAACAGCUUUCUGGGUCAUGUGGCCAGCAUGACUAAACCACUUCUGGCACAACAGAACACAGUGAUGGAAGCCAGAGCGCACAGAAAUACCAUGUACCUUCCCACUGCAAUGGUACCUAUUUAUCUACUUGCACUUGCAUGCCUUUGAACUGCUAGGUUGGCAGGAGCUGGGACAGAGCAACGUGAGCUCACCUUGUCCUGGGGAUUCGAACCGCUGACCUUCUGACUGGCAAGCCCAAGAGGCUCAGUGGUUUAGACCACAGUGCCAUUAUACCCAUUGCAACUGAGGUCAUUCCUUUCAGUUAUUAACCUGUUUCUCAUAUGUACAAGGUGAUUCAAAUCAAUGUUUCAAAUUAGCCUUUUAAUGGAACCCCAGCUUGAGAUUAAACUUGCCUGAAUUUAAACCAAUCCACUCUUGAUUAAAACAAUGUUCCAUAGACGGCCAGCACAACUCCAAUUUGUCACAGAAAUAUUAUUUUAAAUUGGGAAAGUAUGCACUAUUUGCAGUGCCAGCAAACCACAUCACCUUCUUAGGGUGAGAUGAAGAUAAACUUUGAAUUAUUAGCAUGAAAUUCCAGGCUCUGGCUUGCCAGUCAGAGAUUUGAAUCAUGCAAAUUGAACAAAUAACUACUGACUGAUGAGCUUGGCAUUGAUACCAGGAAAGGUCCUAGAACAGAUAACGAAACAUAGACAUAGAAAAGGAUGCUGUGAUUACUAAAACCCAACAUGGGUUUCUCAAAAACAAGUCAUGACAGAUGAAUCUCAUUUCAUUUUUAAAAAAAUAUAUAAACUUACAAGCUUGGUGGAUCAGGGGAAUGCUGUGGAUGUAGUGUAUCUUGAUUUCAGUAAGGCUUUUGACAAAGUUCCCCAUGAUAUUCUGCAUUAUAUUCUAUAUAUAUAUAUAUAUAUAUAUAUAUAUAUAUAUAUAUAUACACAGAGAAGCUGGUAACCUGUGGGCUGCAUGAGAUAACUGUUAGGUGGAUUUGUAGCUGGUUGACUGACCAAACUCAAAGAGUGCUCACUAACAGCUCCUCACCAUCCAGGGGAAAAAAAGGGACAAGUGGGGUCUGCAGGGUUCUGUCUCCAGUUUGUUGUUGAGGGGAUGCUUAUUAAAUUUGCAAAUGACACCCAACUGGGAGGGGGAACUAAUGCUGCAGAAUACAGAACAGAUUGGAGAACUGGGCUCAACCAUAGGGAGGUUCUACACUUAGGUAGGAAGAACCAGCUGCACAAAUAUGAGAUGGUGGAUGCCUGGAUUACUAGUAGUACAGGUGAAAAGGAUCUAGGGGUCUUAGUAAACCACAAGCCUAGCAUGAGUCAACGGUGUGAUGCAGCAGCAAAAAAGCCAAAUGCUAUUCUAGGCUAGUCUCAGCAAUGAGAUAGGAUCCACCACUGAACGGACUCCCAUAGGUCAAUCAUCAUAAAAAAUGCCAUCUGGAAAGCAAACACCUCAAGAGAGUUUCCUGUGUUCAGACAUAAUACCAAUCCAUGGCUUGUUUGGGUGGAUGUUAUGUUUGAUGCGCCUCUUACUGAUGUAUCCAGACACCAUGUCUUCUUUCUUCAGAACUUUCUUUGCUUUUCUAUUUUCUUGUCUCAUGUGUCUGUAGGUUGGCAAUUGUAUGGAGCUUGGGGUAGUGGCAAACAAAGCAUGGUUAAACAUGGCUCGGGAGUUCAGGCACAAUGCCAAACAACAGUUAAAGCAAGUCCUGGUCUGUAAGGCAAGCAGUCUGUGGUUUGCUGCCCAAAACAAACCAUGGUUAGUCUGCACUAGGUUCAGACAUUCAAACAAACCACAUUCUGGCUCAACAAACCACAGAUUGGCUUUAUAUGCAAACUAGGCAAUGACUAUAUUAUUGUCACUGGAUCUAGUAACAGAAAUGUCAUUCUUUACAGGUUACUUUCAGAGGAACACAAUGCCUCAUUUCAAUCUGUAUUUGAUUUUUGCUGGACUCUUAGCUGUUGCUAACUGUCAGACCAGUCAACCAGGCAAUUUACCCUAUGAGAAGAUAGCCCCAGGGAAUACUGAGUUUGCCUUUAAAUUCUACCGCCAGGUUGCUCCAGAGGCUCAUAAGAAAAACAUUUUAUUUUCUCCUAUAAUCAUUUCCAUGCCCUUGGCUUUGCUGGUGCUGGCAGCCAAAUCUACCACUCGGAGUCAGCUUUUGUCAGGACUUUGCUUUAACCAGACAGAUAUCAGCGAGCAGGAAAUUCAUAGAGGUUUCCGUCAUCUUAUCCAGAAGCUAAACAGUACUGAGGCCGAAAUCCAACGGAGCAUUGGGAAUACCCUUUUCCCAAAUAAGAAAUUUAAGCUGCGGAAAAAGUUCUUGAAUAAUGUCAAAUAUUUUUAUCAGGCUGAUGUUCUUCCUACUAACUUCGAGAAUGCUACAGAAGCCGAGAACCAAAUCAAUAACUACAUAAAGGAGAAAACCCAUGGAAAAAUAACUGAUAUUGUCAAGGAUCUUGAUACAAGAGCUAUAUUGGUUAUUAUAAGUUUUCUUUACAUGAGAGGUAAGUCAGAUGGAGUUUACUUUAUUAUUAUUGCAGGGUUUUGUAACUAACUUAAAAUGUCCACUGCUUAAGCACUAGUGCUAGAUACUGCUCAAUCUGUUGUAUCUGUUGCAGGAGAGCCAACUUGAAUAAAAUACUGGGGGGCCCAGGUAAGUCUUGCCCCACCAAAUUGAGCACAUGGCAGAGCACAUGCAGACCAUUUGAAUGGCAAUGUCUAUCAACUUGAGGGCAGGGGAGGAAAAAUGACCUUCUCCAAUGGUAUUGCCCUGCUGGUAAUAACUAACCUUCAACAUUAUCACUCUUUCUGCUUGUAAUGAGAUGGGUUCAUUUGGGAAGAAGAGCUACAGAAACUGCGUUCAGCAUAGCAUGUAGUCUCCCGCCACCCUGGAGCUUUCCCUAUUGGCUCAGAAUAAGGCAAAUACCAUGGGUUUCUUCUGUAUUCAGAUGAAUACUGAACCAAACCAUGAGGGCAGACAGAUUUGGGCCUUGUCAGACUAGAAGCAGGAUGCAUACAAGGUGGGAUAAUUCAAAGCAGGGCCCCUGAAGAACUCUGUAGUGCUUUGCAGAUUCAGCUCUUUAAAAAAGAAAAAGAAAGCUUCUCGCGAGCAUCAGCUAAAAAGUUGAAAUAUACUCAGAGUCGAGUGUGGAUUUCAUGCUCUUUAUUCAGCUCAUAGUAAUGAGGAAUGAAAGUUCCCCCACAAUAUCUGCUUUAUAUACAUUAUUUACACAAUGGGCCGCACGUGAUUGGCUAAUUCCAGGAUUCUCCUGUAGGCCAAUCAGGUUGUGGAUUCACUUCCUCCUGGAGCUGGAUUAGGUGGCUCCUGUGGACCAGUCAUACUGCUGCAUUGUUCUAGGACCAAUCAGACUGCUGCAUUUUGGAUGCUAUUUAACUCAGUACAUAACAAAAGUGUAUUCUCUUAACUUCCUGCGUACAUAAUUAUUCCUGGGUUAAAUGAUGGGGGAAGGGAAAGCAAAAGGUGAGGGAAGAAAGAGCUCUAUUGUGAUUAAUAGGUUAAACUUGUAAUUGGGGCAAUACUGUGGUACCUCGGGUUACAUACGCUUCAGGUUACAGACUCCGCUAACCCAGAAAUAUUACCUCGAGUUAAGAACUUUGCUUCAGGGACUUCCGGGGUGGCGCCAUCGGCAAUGGCGGACUCCCUCUGAACUGGAGGGACUAGCUCCGCGGGAAACGGGUCUUCUCCGCUACGGCGAAGCGGGGACCCUUUCAAAAAUCACAGGCGGAUGAAGCCUGUGACCAUGGGACUCGGCGGGCACCUUUAGCGCCCCCCCCAACUCACUAAGGAACCCACUAACGGGCUCCGAAGUGAAGAGGGGGAAGUGGCGCGGUGCUGUGAGUCAACUGCUAUUUCCGUGGAGCGAAGCCGCAUAGCUGUUGCCGGAGAGUGCUGCCUUUUUCCUGGGACAAUUUGGACUCUAAAAUAAGCACCUGUGAGUACUUAGACUUUGAACAACUGGACAUUAGAUGGGGACUUGCGAGCAGAAAGGAAUUGGAUCUUAAAAAUCUAUUUCAAUUUGGUACGGAACGGGAAGGUCUAAACAGGAAGUCAGCCUUCCGUUCUUCUGUAGACAGAAUAAAGCAAAGACAACGUAAACUAGAGCUUAGAAAAUUGCUUUUAAAGGAUUGAAUUUCAUCAUUUAAAAUUGUGGAACCCCCCUUCGACAGCAGGAGAAGAAGGGGGAUCUUUUUUGGACUGUUUAAAGUGAGUUUAAAGUAAAGCAACUUUCCUCCGUCCUGAUCCUGGAGCGGGGUGUCAGGACUGACGUUUGAAGUUCAUUGACCAGAGACAAACGUUUUUGACAGAUAGCUAAAAGAAGAGAAACAUAGUGAUUCCACUGUCUCCCUUCGCAUUUUAAAGGAACAAAUAUUGACAAAGUAUCUCAAAAAGGGAAACUUUGUUGCAAGAUCAAAUAGAAGUUUUCCCCCUAGAGGGAGACUGUGAAACUGUAACCAACUCCAGGGAGCCGGCAGCUGUUUACAGAUUACAAUCGUGGGAAUAGGCAUUUGACCUUGCAGGACAAUGUAUUCAGAAGCUUUGUUGUGUGCUUUCUACAAAACAAAUGCCCUACUGGAACAGUUACAUGAGAAGGUGAAUUUGAUGACGACUUCGACUAGAAAUUUUGAACAGGCAGUGGGAAAUUUUGAACAGACAGUGGGAAAAUAUGUGGAGCCCACCCAGGAAUUAAAUCAGGAGUGUGUCCUGACAGAACAGGCCCAACAGGAAUAUGAGUUUUUUGGAUUUGACAAAUGAACUUGGAAAAAGCCAGAUUUGGAAAGAAAAAGUUUGGUUUGGCUUGGAAAUGGGGGGCUGGAUUGACCCCCCCUAUGCUGGGAUGUUUGGACUUUUCAAAUCUGGCAAUGGGCCGUGAGAUGUUUGGGAUUGUGGGGGCUCUUAAUUUUGGAGGGUCUUUGGAACAUGCUUCUAAAUACCAUAUGGAAUUCAGUGCUGAAUAUGGAAAAGGGGCUGAUCUGUCAAGAAGGGUUAAAAAUAUUGCCAAGCUGGAGUUACCACGAGCAGGAGACAAGGGAAAAUACAGUUACAAAUAUGAAGAAGAGCUGCAAAGGGACAUGGAAGAGACUUGAGGGCCUCGGAUAUAAGGUUGCCAGGUUAAUGGGCCAGAUCGAUGGGAUAAUAAGGACUGACAAAACCCGGAACCAGGAGGAAGGGACGUUGGAUGAAGAUUGGAUCUGUUUGUAUUUCUUUUUUCUAUCAUUAGAACUGUUUUAUAAAAUUGAUGAAUGUCAGAAAAAUGUUGGAAUGAAAUUACUCGGCUUUAGUAAAGAUGUUUAAAGAAUUAUGAAAGAAUAUUAUGGUUAUGAGAAGUUGGUAAGGAUAAGAUUUAAGUUUUAAGCUUUAAGGUUUAUUUUCUUAUAGAAAGAUAAGAUUAAAACUGUUUAGGGUAAUGUAAUGACAGAAUAUUAUGAAAUAUGGAAAGGAUUUGCUGGGAUAAUUAAUAACUAGGAUACAAAGAAAGGGAGGAGGAGGAGGUCAAAGAAAGAAGGUAAUGACAGUUGAGGAUUCGAGAAUAAUGAAUUUGUCUUUAAAUGUUCUUAAAUUGUAUUUUUGUUUUUUUUUCUGUCUUUUUUCUUAUUUUUGAAUUUGUCUUCGUAUGGUUGGAAGGGUUUUUUUUUUAACUUUGUUAACUAUUUUUAUUUUGUAUUUUCUUCUGCUUUUAUUUUAUGUUGUAACACUUUGAAAAUUUCAAUAAAUAUUUUAUUUAAAAAAAAAAGAACUUUGCUUCAGGAUGAGAACAGAAAUCAUGCUCCGGCGGCGUGGCGGCAGCAGGAGGCCCCAUUAGCUAAAGUGGUGCUUCAGUUUAAGAACAGUUUCAGGUUAAGAAUGGACCUCCGGAACGAAUUAAGUUCUUAACCUGAGGUACCACUGUAGUUUUAACUGGAAAGCAAAUCCCUUUUAGUUGUCCCUCCAUGUCUUAUUAAAAGUGUGCAGCACAAAGGACCCUGGCCCAGUUUGUUCACAAUUUGGCAGGUGUCUGAUCAAAUGGCAGCUCUCUCAUACUUGCAAAGGUCAGACCCACAAAGCACUACAGGAUAUUUAAGUGACUCAUUUUUUUUGCCCACCCCAGAAUUGUAACAUCAGCCUUUGCUGGAAAUAACACAGCAUCUGUCCUUUUGAAAUUUUGCAGGAAAUUUUGCAUGUGAUCUUGCCUGCAAAUUCCAUUCAAUUCCCCACCACUACCACCAUAAGAAUGUUAAUGGGAAUUAGUUGCAACUUUGUAGACUUUAUCAAUGUUAGAGAGGCUGUUAUGCAUACAAAUUCCAUCACGUUCUAGCAAAAGGGGGGGGAGAGUUACAAUCACUGUUGUUCUUCAGAUAAUGAAGGGGAGGUGGACUAAGGAGAUAGACUGACAGCUGAAUCAAGCAGGUUACAAUGAGACUUCUGGGUUGGUGCCUCCGGUAAUGGUGGAAUUCCUCUGAUCGGGAGGAAUUUGCUCCGUGGGAAUUUGGGUCUGGCCGCCACGGCGAAGGCGGAGACCCGCAAAAAAUCACAGGCGGGAGAAGCCUGUGAACGUGGGAUUCGGCGGGCACCCUUUGUGCCUCCCCUACUUGUGGGGAAACCCAGUUUCGGGGGUCCGGAGCGACGUGGGGUGAGCGGCGCGGUGCUUCGAAUCGUCUGCUUCUUCCACGGAGUGAAGCCGCAUAGCUGUUGCCGGAGAGCACUGACUUUUUCCUGUGGACAAUUUGACUUCAAAGUAAUUACCCGUGAGUAGAGCUGAAGCGGGAGAAUUGGAUUUUUAAACGUUUAAUAUGGUAUCGAAACGGGGAGGUUCAAUACAGGAAGUCCACCUUCCCCUUUUGUAAAUAGACUGAAGCAAUGAGGCUGCAAGCUGAAAUCUUGGAAAGCCUUUUGUAAAAGACUAAAUUUCCAUCGGUAAAGAACAUUAACCCCCUCCCCCUUGGAGGCAGGAGAAGAGGGGGGAAGUUGUGGACUGAGUAUGCCUGCAGGAGAGAGUGAAGAGAGCUAAAAUACCGCCGCUCUGACCCUGGAAACGGGCUGCUAGCAGGACUGAUGUUUUUUGGAUUGUUCAUUGACAGCAUUUAGAACGUUCAUUGACAGUUAGCUAAAUAAGAGAAAUACAUUGUUUCUACUGUCUCCGGCUGCUUUUAAAAAGGAGUAAAAGUAAUUGAAAACUGAAACUAACUUUGGAUUGUUUGAACUGUGUUUAAAAGAGGACAUUAUUGACUAAUAUAAAUAGAAACUGUUUUCCCCUAGUGGAAGCCUUUGAAACUGGUUGCUUUAUAAGAGCUGGACUAGGGGAAUUUCCAGCUGCAAGAUAAAAAACUGUGAGACUCUGGGACUGACCUUGAAUCUUUUAAGUGUUAUGGCAAAUGGAAAGGAAAAAACAGACCAGUCAACUGCUGAAAAAACAUUAAGGUCUGGGAGGAAUUGGCAGCAAUCCAGGAGAGGCUCAACAUCAGGUCCCCCUGCUUCUUCUGCUGCUGCCUCUGCACCAGCACACUCAAAACCAAGAGGAAUGUCGACAGAAGAGGCCUUAGCGGUUCUAUUACAUAAGAUAAAUGAUUCACUGGAACAGCUUCACAAGAAAAUAGACGUGAUAAAUGCGAAAGUGGAUGUUGCAAUUACUAAAAUCGACUUAAAUACAGAAAGUAUAAACAAUACCAAUACAGAAACCACCCAGAAAUUGAUACAGGAAUCUACUUUGAUACCGCAAACUGCGGAGGAAGCCAGGGAGAAAGCCGUUGCUGCUGAAUGUAAAGUAACACAACUGGAGAGAGAGAGAGAGUACCAGCCCUACAGAGGCAACUUGAUGAACAUAAGUUGACGCUUGCUAUGAUUGAACUUAAAGAAAAACAGACGAAUCUGAGGAUUAGAGUUCACCUUUGGUGGACAUGCCCAAGGAUUAAGACAUUCUGGGAGAUGAUUUAUAACGAAAUGAAAAAGGUAUUUAAAUAUACCCUCCUGAAGAAACCAGAGGCCUUUCUCCUGGGCAUGGUCGGCCAAUUGGUGUUAAAGAAGGAUAGAAUUUUUUUUACGUAUGCAACAACAGCAGCAAGAAUACUCAUCGUGAAGUAUUGGAAGACACAAGAUUUACCUACCCGGGAAGAAUGGCAGAUGAAGUUGAUGGACUAUAUGGAACAGGCAGAAAUGACUGGCAGAAAUCCGAGACCAGGGAGAAGAGUCGGUGGAAGAAGACUGGAAAAAGUUUAAAGACUAUUUACAGAAAUACUGUAAAAUUAAUGAAUGUUAGAAGAAUGUUGGAAUGAAGUUAUAUGGCUUUAGUAGAAAUGUUAUAAGGAAUUAAGUAUAAAUAGAUUAAUAGAAUAUUAAAGGAAAAAUAAGGUUAGAAUGUGUUAAGAUAAUUAUAGGAUAGAAAACAGAGGAAGAUGGAAAGGAAUUGCUGAAACAAUUAAUAAAGUGGAAUACAAAAAGGGAGGUGUGAGGAGGUCGUUGAAAUAAGUGAAUGAAGGAUGGGAUAUUGAAGUUGUUUGAUGUGUUUUGGAUUGUUUUUGUUUUGUUUUGUUAAUGUGUUGGUGUUGUGUGGUGUUUGUGUGUUGUAUUGUACUGUACUUUUUUGUGUAUUGUUUAAAUUGUUGGAAAAGCAAUAAAUAUUAUUAUUUUUUUUAAAAAAAGCAGGUUACAAUGAGCCUCAGACUGAGGUGAAGCACUGAACUGAGGUCCAAAUUCCAUCUUGGGGGUAGUGCAUGUUUCUUGAUGGAGCAUCAAGAAGAAAUAAGCCAAUUAAAUGAGGAAAAACAACCAGGAACCCUCAGUUCCCAGACUUUUAGGGCAGCUGGAGUGGAAGCAAGAUCUCCUAGCAGAACUCUGCAGACUCACUGUCUCUGGAAGCCUAGCGAAUGGCUGCUUCUGAGAUAAUAAUAAUACUAAUAAUACUAAUAAUAAUUUAUUUAUACCCUGCCCAUCCAAACCAGAUCUUAUGGGAAUGACCUGUACCCUCUUGUUUUUGUCCUCAUUAGAUUAUUGGGAAAGUCCUUUUAAUAGUCAGAACACUCGAGAAGAAGACUUCUUUGUGGAUGAGCAAACAACAGUGAAAGUUCCCAUGAUGAUCAAAGACAGCACUUUUAAGACGUACUAUGAUGAAAGUCUGUCCUGUGAGGUGGUGCAGCUCCCUUACAAAAGCGGUGCCAUAGCAUUCUUCAUUCUGCCUGAUCAAGGGAAACUGAAGCAAGUGGAGGAUGGUCUGAACAGAGACGUCUUGCUAAAAUGGAUGAAAUCAGUGAGGCAACAGUAAGUCUGUGCGCUCUACCAGACAAAUCACCACAAAGGGGGCAUUACACCUGGAACAAGCAGGACUUUAAUAGCCAUUCCUGCUCACUGGGUGACCUGAAGCAAGUCCGCAUCUUUCAGCCUCAGAGCUGUUAUUAUCUUGUAUGAUUAAAUAACAGGGAGCAGAACCCUUUAUUCCACCCUGAUCUCUGUGGAAGAAAAGCAAAAUCCAUCAGUGCUAAUAAGCCCACAUCUCUUGAACAGAUGUUUUCUGAUUCUAGAGCGAAAUGCUUACAAUACAGAUUCAAGUCCUUAUUCAAUGUGUCCAUGGAACAUGAUACAAUCUAGGGCUUCCUGUUCUCUUCACAGAGAACAGAAAAUGCAAGCUACUGGACAACACUUCCCUGUUCUUUGGCGGCGGCGGGGGGGGGGGAAUACACCCAACCUUUUAUUUCAUAAGUACAUCGUAACAAAUUACAAUAUAAUUAAUAUUUAAAAUAUUAGAUUUAGCGAGCAUUAAAAUUACUCUCGUGUGUGUGUGUGUGUGUGUGUGUGUGUGUGUACUAACCUUAGGCUGGUUAUAUAAGUAUAUAUUCAAUAGGCACAAAAGAGGUUCUAAUGGAGUUUACUAUUCAAAGUUCUCAUUGAGUACAGGUGUUACCAUCUGCUAGUACUGCUUGAAAACAAACCCAAAGAUGUCAUGUACAGUGGACACAAAUAGUGCGCACGCCUGGUAUAAGUAGGAAGACACACUAGGACCACAACUUUAUUAACAUUUAAGAGAGGAAACCUGCCAUGAACACUUAAUUACAAUGUGGGGGAGGGGGGAAUGAGGCCACCUAGUGACCUCCUCCAUCCCUCUUGUGGUGGAUCAGCUUAAGCUUCAGUUCAGAGACUGAAAAGUAGCUACUUGGCCAAUUAUUAAUCUUCCCAACCAUGCUUAAAGUUCUCUAAUCCCAAAGUCUCAUCUCCCCUGAAUUGUCUAUGAUAGUCCUUUUCACCUUCUUGGCAUCUCUUCAUUACCCAGACUGCCCCGUUAGCUGCAAUCAGUUAUUCAUGGGAAGGACCAUAGCUGAGUCACAGAACACAUGCCUUGCAUGCAGAAAGCCUCAGGCCUCAUCUCAAGGCAGGGCUGGAUUUCAUGGCCUUUGUCUGAAAUCUAUGAGAACAGCAACCAGUCAUGGUAGACCAGGAAUGGCCCAUCCUGUUUCAAUGCCUGAGGCAAAAUGGGAAGGUGCUUUCCCACAGCUGUCUUGACACCAAAACCCACCCCCACCCCCUGCGAAACCUUCCUUAUCUGAGUUCUAGUUAGCUCUCAAAAGAUCUUGGCGAAAGCUGCUGACACUGCUUCCAUCUCUUCUCCGUCGGUGGCAGGGUGGGUACAGCGCCCACAAGGGGACCACCUCUUGGGUGCCACUGCCCAAUGCAGAUGCUUCAGCCCAUUGCAUGGGCAGGCUGGCCCUGUUGUCAACAAUACUAGGCUAAGAGGGCCAAUGGUCUAAAUCAAAAGAAGAGUCCUAUUUUUUUAUCCCUGAUUUGUCCCUUAGAAAACACUGCAAAGUAAAUAAAUUCACCCAUGGAUUGGCAGUGAAACCAAAAGAAAACCUGCCCUGAAAUAAAACUCAGGGGAGUGGUCUACAUUUCUAUGCAGCCUGUUUGUGAUAAUCUAAGCCUGUACUGCAUUCUGGAUCGGUGGGCUGGUUCAAGCAAACAGCAACUGUGUAUUGAGGCUGUAGAUGGGCUGUUUGUCUCCUUUGGCACCACAUAGGGAGAAUUGCUCCCACUACCACCACUGAUGCACUUAGCAUCUGAGAGAAGGAACAGUAGUCACAUACAAAAUGUUAUAUUCAGCAGAGGUCUAUGUGUGCUUAAAUCCACCAUAUUGACUCCAUUCCUCUGACUGAAACAUAAUAAAAGUUGGGGGAAAUGUUUAAUCCAAAAGGAAAUACACAUUUUUAAUUUAAAGCUGUGUGAAUAUUAGGUAGCAUUUUUACACUGUUGUGCUUAUUUUUACAACUUUAGCCUUGACAUUUUUUAUCUAGCCAAACUGUAAAGUGUCUACAAAUUGUGUCAUCUAAACAUUUUCUAAGAGUGAAAUCUUAAUAGCCUCUGAUUCUACUUUCAAUAGGAGAAUAGUACUUCACCUUCCAAAGUUAAUGAUUCGUGGACGCUAUGAUCUUAUAGAGAUACUAAGUAGAAUGGGUAUAACUGAAUUAUUCACAGACCAAGCAGACCUCUCUGGAAUUACUGGGAAGCCUGAGGUGAAGGUUACUAAGGUAGGUUUAUCAAAAUUCAACAUAGUGUAAGAAUUGAACGUAAGACUCCACAUUGAUAUGUUGCUUUCUGGGUCAGAUAUAUAUUUGAGGGUUCAAAUAAAGUUGAGGUUUAGAGUACUUGAAUGUGGCACCACACAUGGAGAUCGUUCCCUUGUAAGCAAAAUUCAUGUGCACAGUGUCUUCUACAUGAAAACAAAUACAACUUAAGAUACACUUGUGCAAUUUUUCACGUGUGGAAGAGUGCUCACAUUUCCUUCCAUCCAGAAUUCAUCUCAAUAGAUGAAAAAAUCAUGUGUGAAGCAAGUCUAAGAUAUGAUCUCUAAUAAGGCAAGGCUGUCCAGGCACCCUGCUCCUCAGGCUUCUAUACAAUACCCACAACUCUUUAAAAUGCUGCGCUGACUCUGUGUUGGGAGCAGCAUAGGGCUCAUUGGUGUCAUGGGACACAGACCAUUGGAAUCACACAUCAUUAAGGAUCAUUUUGGAGAGGAGAGAUCAUAAGGAAACCUUGUCAGUUUCUUCCUCCAGGCUAACAGGUGCAAGAUGACACUUUACACACACACAUGAUUGGUUGGGAGGGUGAGAUCAAGAGAUCACGAGAGUAAGAAGUGACAAAGUCGACAAAGACUUUCAAUGGAUUCCUCUGAAGGAGCAGGAGUCUCUCAUAUACUUAACUCUGGGUCACUGUCUGUACUAAUGUUUGUUUGCUUUCUUUACAGGCUAUUCACCAAGCUUAUUUAAAUGUCCAUGAGAAUGGCACUGAAGCUGCAGCUGUCACUUUUAUUGAAAUUGGACCUACGUCCCUCCCACCUGAAAUUAAACUAAAUCGCCUGUUCAUGUUCUUAAUUAUGGACUGGCUUACUGAGGCCAUCUUACUCUUCGGGAAAGUUGCAGAUCCCACAAAGAACUAA